AUGCACCAUAGCCAUUUCCGCCAUUCCCGCAUUGAGCGGUUAAUGAGCGCCAGGCACCACCUCCAAGCCGAACUCACCGACGAUGCUAUUGACACCGGCUUACUUGAAGACCGCUCUCCGUCAGCGACUUCCAAUCUCCCUGCUACGGAUGUCAUUUCCGAUGAGACUUGCGAUCCGUCGACAAAUGCCACGUGCCUUGACCAUGAGAUGGAUGGAUUUGAUACAUCACCUCAGAAACGGGACAAGACGACACCUACUGAUACGACUGUUGUUGAGACUGUCUUGCAAGUAGUCGACACUAACUCGCAUACGCUCUGGCAGUCGACUGGUGCUGCUUUUCCCACGACUUUUUCAGAUCCUGCAGUAGGCACUUUCACUAUCCCAACAUCUGAUAGUACCACUGCGACUGCGACUGCCGCUGCUUCUGUCUCUGUUUCUGCGACACUGUCAAUAGCCACAUUACCUCCACUUGUGUCUGCCACUCAGUCGACAACCUCACUGCUUAGCGAGUCCUCAUUAAGCAGCAUCACAAAUUCGACUCAAUCUACUACGAGUACGGCUAGUACCACCAGUCGUGUUCCUUUGUCAUCAAGAUUAGUGUCUGCCAUCAGUUCUCUCGCAACUUCGACUCCUCUUGUUGCUCCAUCGACCAUAUCGUCUUCUACUUUCAACUCACCCUAUGGAUACUACUGGUCGACAUCGGAAUCCAAUUGGAGCUCCUCAACCUCCACAAGCUCAACGUACACUGUUGACUAUUCGCCCUCCUCGACAAGUUCCUAUGGAACCUCUGGCGAGACCAGCACUGAAACAGAGAGCGGUUCCACGCCAACAGCUAGUGAAACGACUGCCGCAGGAACCGGUUCAUCGAGUCAAGCUGCUAAAUCUAAAAUUGUUGGUGGGGUGGUCGGAUCGAUUGCGGGUCUUGCUCUGCUUCUGUUCCUCGUUGUCUUCCUCCUUCGUCGCCGAGGACUUCUACGUGGCAAGAAUGCGACUCAUGCUCCUCUCUCCGACGACGCAGCAAUCGGAGCUGGAAACAGAGAAAUCGCCGAACGUCGCUCAAGCAACGACCCCCUUUUCACCGCAUCAUACUUUGCCCCCGCUUUCAUGAAACGCUGGCGUCAGUCAACUCAAACAGUACGUACUGAGAGUACGAUUGACUCAAAUUCCAGCGAACGCGGUUUCCAAAAGAUUUCCGGUCGAAAGCUUCCCCCCGUGCUCACCCAUGGUGGCGAUGGAUUCGGCGGUGGCCUCGAUGGUGACUCCCCCACACUCCCAGGCUUCGCCCCUACUUCGCCAGGCCCAGGGCCAAGUGGCUCUCCCGCUUUUCAUGCACCGCCCCCUGCCUCGCCAUAUGGCAUGCCCCUCGACUCGAAUUACACCCGUGAGAUCGAGGAGCAUCAGCCGCCUGUCCGGCCCUCCCCCGUGCACCUUCCCAUCUCCAACACGGUUCCUGUCGCCACACCCGUCACAGUCACACCAGCGCAUCCUGUGGCCCAGCCUCAAAGUGCCAUUCCCAUCGUCCCGCAGCGACCAGAUGGGUUGGGCCGUAGUUUGCCGAGCUUCGACGGCAGUCGAAGCAGUCGUUUCACGGAGGGCAUCGACAUGUGA